AUAAUUUCAAAAAUUAAGCAACCCUCCAUUCUGCGUUGAAUAUAAAACCCUUACAAGCAGAUCAAGACUCUGAACCAUGCCCGGCAAGAAGAAAGGAAAAGGGAAGGGGAAAGGAAAGAAGAAGAAGAGCAAGAAGCCAAAGGGGAUGCUGGAGAAUCCUGCUGACGUUGUCAAGAGACUCCAGAGGGUCUACAUGGCCCAGUGUCAAACCAAGAACUCUGCCGUCUGUCCUGGUCUCAAGAAGUUCCUCAAAGAUUGCUAUGAGGACAACAGACUUUCAGUCAAGUUCAUUUUGGAGCCAAUACCAGACUUUGAGGACCCAGACUUGACAAACGUCCAGCUUGACCCGCUGAUUUUAGCCAUCCGAGCCGAAAGAUUCAAGUACAUCAAAGAACUUCAUGUAUGGGACAUCCCUCUCAAGCAUGCAGAUGUUGCCAAUCUUGCUUUAAUGAUGGAGAAAGGCCCCUAUCCCAUCUCAAGGUUAGAGCUCAUUGACUGUAGUAUAGAAUCCUAUGCAGCUGAAAGACUUCUCAGGAACUGCGCAGGGUUAACCAAUCUCACCACUCUCUCCCUGGACUAUAAUGAGAUUGGUGAUAGCGGCUGCAUUGGAAUAUGUAAGGGUCUAAUGAAGAAUGAGACCAUGAUAAGUCUUAGUUUAUGUUACUGUGACCUUGGAGUACAGAGCGGAACAGCCUUGGGUCAGGUGGUCUCAACAACAGCCAUCAGGGAGGUGUACCUUAAUGGGAAUAACCUGGAAGCCGAAGGGGUGUCUGAAUUGAUAAGACUAGCAGUGGACCAUGCCGAGGCAGAGAGCUACCAACGAGCACAGGAAGCUAUCAAGAAAGCUGAUGAAGAAGCUUUGGCUUUGUUAGCUGAAAAGGAAAGGAGUAGGGUGAAGACGGCCCUCGAUGACCCCGAGUCAAAACCUUCAUCAGCCAAGAGUUCGAAAGGUGGAAAGAAGAAGAAGAAAAAGGGGAAAAAGAAGAAGAAAUCAAAAGAGCCACCAGGCCCUCCCCCGAAAGGUCCUCUCAUAUACAAGCUACACUUAGCAGACAAUGGCAUAGACAUGUAUGGGAAAGGAUCGACCUACGCACCUAUCAUAGCAAUGAGAUUGUUUAGAACGCUAGUGGAAAAUUCCUCUUGCCUUCAAGAGCUGGACUUGGAUGACAAUCUCAUUGGCGAUUUAGGGGGGAGAGAGAUCAUGGAGGGACUCCGAGCGAGAAAAGAAGCCGGGCUGGAUGGCGUCAAAGUCUCGGUAACUCAUCGGAUGAACGGAGACACGUUCGGAGAAAUCAUGAAACUCGGUUCAGGACUCAGUAAGAAGAAGAAGAAGAAGAAAGGCAAAGGCAAGAAGAAGAAAAAGAAAUGAGCCUUAUCGUGGAACGUGGAGGAAUGUGAAUAGCAUUUACUAUCACCCCUACCAACGUGUUAUAUUAUGGAUGAGUGGCAGGUACCGUUUCCUGCGAAAUAUUGUCAUUGGGAUGAAUAGCUGACAAUCUAUGACGAUUUGCGAAUUAAAGUAUGGAUGAGUUCCUGAGCAGAAAGAGAACUUUCAAAACCAUUGCGCUUCCAAUUCCAUCAAGAAUAUUGUUUCAUUAUUUUUAUAUUAUGAUAAUGAUUGUUAUUGUUCUAUUUAUUUUUCUACAGAUAUACUUUAUCUUGUAUAUAUUUAUUCAAAUGUGUAUAUGUAAUAAAAUAUAUCAUGUUACGAAGGGUACUGAAUAAACAAUGUUUAUUCGUCAGUAGAAGAUUAUUGUAUAAAUCAAGAUUGUUAUAUAAAUCAAUAUCCGUCCACACCUUUCACGUUUUCUAACAUUUUAAGAUGAGUGAUAUUAUCUUUGAUUUGUUAUUGCUAUAUCGUCACGAAAAAUUGAUACUUGAGUUUAUAUUCUUGGUAUUAAAGUGACAGAAAACUACAUUUUCUAGUGCUACAGUUGUAUUAAGCUGACAUUUUACACAUCAAGCAUUUGGUAUUUUCCGUCCAUGCACUUGCCCAUCGUCAUAACCAUUACUCGUGAAAUAUACAGCCCCUGCUCAUACUGAAGAUGUAAGCGCUGAAUGACAUUCAUCGCGCAUAUUUUAGAUAGAGUAGAUAUCUUUCAAGUACCAUGUUUUUUUCUUUAGUUGAUACGAGCCAAAUUGUUUGAUUUGACCAAUCUUAAAUGAGUAGAGUGAAAUUGGAGCACAUGCCCAUUAUUAAAAUGAAUAUCAGACAUUAUUUAGAUCGGAGUAUGUAUGUAUUGUGCAAUCAUAGCGAACAGGUUACAUUGCUGUGUCCAUUAGUUUUCUUGUAUAUAAUUAAAUUAUUCAUCAUAUUUAUGAUUUGUGAAAUUGCAUGAAAUUUGUAUGUACACCUCUGUUUUUAAUAUUAGAGCAUUUUCCUAUUUUCUUGUAAUUUAAAAAGGAUAAAGUCAAGUCGUGAUUUAUAAACGUUGAAAUUCAUGCAAAUCGUUAUUUUGUUGUGUCUUGGAAUGUUUUGAUAUUAAAAGAUAGUUAAAUGAUGAGUAAUACGUGAGUAAUUCAGUAAAAUUACAAAUUUACAAGUGGCUCGUAAUAUAUACGACUUCGCUCUGAUACAGACCAUAAUUCUAACAUCUUGUAUGGUGACCCAUAUUCAGAGGUCCAAUUUGCCAUCAGAACAAAGGUUAAAUAUAUUCCUAUCAAAAUAUAUACAUUGUAUAUUUGGGAUUAGGCUAAGCAUGCAAAGUACACCCGUAAGGAUCUUAUAUGUCUCUGUAACGAUUUAUUAACAAUUUAUCGGAAUCUUUGUGCAAUUUGAGAGCACUUAUAAACUUAACACCUUGUUUUUAAAAAUGAUGAAGUUAAAUCAUGAUUUAUAAAUGUUUAAAAAAAUUAUGCAAAGCGCUGUUUAGUUGUGUCUUGGAAUGUUUUAAUAAUAAAAGAGAGUUAAUUUAUGAAUAAAACGUGAGUAGUUCAGGAAAAUUACAAAUGACUCCUAAUAUAUAUGACUUCGUUCUGAUACAGACUAUAAUUUCAACAUCACUGUACGGUGACCCCCUUUCAGGGGUUUAGUGUGCCAUUAGAAUAAAGCCUACUUUUGUUAUAUUCCUAUGAUAAAAAUAUAUUCGGGAUUAGGGCAAAACAUGCAAAGUACACCCAUAAGGAUUUUAUAUGUCUCUGUAAGGAUUUAUUAACAAUUUAUCGGAAUCUUUGUGCAAUUUGAGAGCAGCACGGUAAAAGGUAUAAGUUGUAAAUGGGAAGAUCGGAAUAUCAAUGAAUCAAUCUUUACUUGGGGCGGUGUUUUGUAUUUUAAUGGAAAAGUAUUAGCCAUUUAACUAUACUUGUCCUUUUUUUGAUCGAAGACAUAUUCUGUAUUCUAUGAUAAAGUAAUUGUUCAUAAUGAAAAUGUUAUUGUAGUAAAUACUGCAAACAGGUUUAAUGGAACGAUCAUUCACUUAUGAAACGUAUAGAUUUUGGGGGGAUUUUGCUUUUAUUGUCAUGAUUUUUACCGUUCUUUGUGUUGAAGAUUUUUAUAGUCUGAAAAAUCACGUUUUCCGUAAAAUUGCAUGAAAUUCGUGGUCUUCCUGGAUUCUGUGUAAAUUUUUAUCGUUUUCCGUAUCGCGAAAAACCGGGGACUCCAUUCUAUUCUUCUCCUCGAAUGCUUGGUUACAUGCGAGCCAGAGCCUGAAGUCCUUCUGAAGGGUAGAAAGAUGUCUGAUGAUGCUACACUGUAUAAACUGUGGUGUUAAAAUUACACCAUAAGGAUUGAACAUAACACCAGAGUGUAAAUGUAACAACCAAAGGUGUUGCAAUAACACCUAUAGGUGUAAAACCAACACCACCAAUUUAACACCGGUGUAAAAUAACUGGUGUGGUCCUCUAUGUACACCGGUUAACACCACAUUUUUUGCUGUGUAUAUGAUGGCUUUCAAUGUUCUACUUUGCUGCCUUCUUAAUACCAUAAACUUCUGGUCCCGUCUUACAAAGAGUUACGAUUGAUUCGAUGAACCUUAAGUAUAUGAAAAUCCAUCGAUGACAUAAUUUAUUUGUGGAAUUUGCUUAUUGUCCUUUGAAAACAAGGAGAAUCAACUGUAUUGUCAAGAAAACAGUGAUUGUAUGAUUAUACAGCAUAUCUAGAAGAUAUUUUGAACAAACAUAUUUUAGACAUUCGCGUGUCUGGCUUUCCAUAAGUUGUGGUUGAUUUGAUCAAUCGUAACUAUUUGUAAGACGGGAUCCUGCUUUGAAUCAAAGAAAAAUUGUUAUUACGAUCUUCAGUAGAUAUGAACGUACUUUCAAGCAACGUAAAUGCUUCUUCGUUUUAAUCAGAUUUAUUUCUAGAAUUCUUGUUCGAUUAUUCAUUCAUUCUCAUCCAAGUACAUUUAUAUAUUCCUCAGGGGACAGUGCCGUAACGAGCCAGUGGCGGUGCGGGGGGGGUGGGCUUUUAGGGGGCAGAUUAUAGUGUUUUGGAGGCAUAAUGCUCCCUUAGGCGCAAAACUCUCUUUGAUGAAAACAAAGUUUUCAACAUUAAUGCAUUUUGUUUUUAAUUACCUUUGUACAAGAUAUUAUUAGCCUUCUAUUUGAAGGGUUAAUAAAAGACAGCUAGUAUCCAACUAUAUGUUCUGCAUUGGCACUUGCUUCAAACUUUGUGUCAACAAGUUUUUUUUUCUUUUGAACUUUCGAAACUAGCUAUAAUGCCAUACUAAACACCUUUCUGAUAUGUUUGAUAAAUGAAAACACUGAUACUUUCAUAAAUAAAAUGGUGUGUUCAUUCAUACUUUGGUAGAUGAAUUGAAUGAUUAUUAUGUACGUCUAGAUUUCCUUUGAAAAAUGUAAAAAUGAUAUUUGAUAAUAAAGAAUCAACUUAUGAAAUAUCA